AUGACAUUCCCUUUAUCUAGGUACCUUGCAGUUGCAUUGAGUGGUUACUACUGUAUAAACAGAAAGAGAAGUGUCUGUUAUUGCGGAAAUGGGAAGAUAGAAGAAAAAGUAUUCCUUUUUGGCGAUAAGCGAUCGUUGAUGAAAGGAACGAAACAAGAUGGAGAGGCACCUUUUUUUUCAAAAACUAACAUAAAGGUGAAAAAGAUAACAUUUGGUAAUUGCAUAGGUAGCUGUAUAACCGAUAAUGAUGACAUUUACAUAUGGGGAUCAUAUGAAGAUGAUGAACACAAGGGACUGGUCUAUACCACUCCAAUGAAACUAAGCACAGAUGAAGGAAUUACCGACAUACAAUUUUCGAAUAAUGAUAUAUACCUUCUGAGCGAAAAAGGGGAAUUAAAAAUUGUUAGAAAUUAUAAGAAUUGUUUAAAGAGAAACGAAUUCCUAAUUGAAGAUUUUUAUAAAUGUAAAAAUAGUCUUUUUUCUCAGAGCGAACGAAUAAUCAAGUUAAGUGUGAAUAAAUAUCACCUAGCUUUUGUCACAAAUAAGGGAAAUGUGUAUUGCUCAGGAAAUAAUUUGUAUGGACAGUGUGCAAAGGAGCCAUCAUUUAGGAAUAAUUUCAAUAUAAAUUACAAUUUCGAAUUUGCCAACAAAUUGAAUGGUACGUUAUAUAUGUUUAGUAAAAAUAGCGUCAGGGGGGUUGUUCACAAUGAGAGAAGAGACCCAAGUGAAGAUGCCCAAGCGGAAAAUAUCCCCAAUGGGUACUCCUUCAGGGUUCAGGAUAAAGGAAUGGCCAUUCCUACCAAGAGUACCGAUUGCCUUGAUGGAAUUACUUCUAGCCCACCAGAUGGGAAGAUUAAGAGAGGGGAUACAGCUUUGUGUGGUACCGACGAUGUGGACAAAAAUGGCAAAGAGUUAAACGAUAGUAGUAGUCUCUUGACAUACACCAAUAUUCGUGGACAAAGGAAAGAACGAUCCCAAGAUGGAAAACGAUUGAGUCAUUUAAUCACGAAUGAUCAGAGCUACAACUGCGAUAAAAAUAAUUAUGUACAUCUUAAUAAAGUACCAUUUGAGGGAAAAACAAAAAUUGUUGAUGUGUCCUGUGGACUAAACCAUACAUUAUGUCUGGACGAUGAAAAUAAUAUUUACAGUUUCGGAGACGAUAGUAAAAUCCAACUAGGGUUGGGAGAGAGCAGAACAAAUCAGAAUUCCCUGUCAGGAACCAGCUGGAAAGAUCAGUUAAGACUUGGCUAUUCCACUGUAACAAAGAAUUUGGCAAAUUAUUCUUUUUAUGAUAGACAUAUACAAAGUAGUCCACAGAAGGUACUAAAAAGAAUGAAUGACAACGAAAUGGUUGAUGAGAUUUACAGAAUUAAUGCAGGGUCGAAUUUCUCCAUGAUAUAUUCAAAUGACAAAUUUGGAAAGCAAUUGUUUUGUUUCGGAGAUAAUAUGUAUUUUCAGUGUGGACGACAUAUGGGCAAACAUCAGCAGACAUUAUCUACUGUAAAGCUUCCUAACAACAAAAUAAAAGAUUUUUCCUGUGGCGAUAAGCAUUGUUUGCUAAUUCUGAAUGAUAAGCUGUACGGUUGGGGGUAUAACAACAAGCAUCAAAUAACUCCCUAUAAGAAUAAAGGAAUAAUUAACUAUCCGGUACAUAUCUUUUCGGAAAAGUAUUAUCCUAAUAAUUUUGACAUUAAGUAUAUGAAUGCCAGCUACAACAAUUCGGCUGUUGUUAUUACACAGCGUCUAAAGCCGAGUUAG